CUCUGGCCCUGUCAAAGAAAGGGUGAUGUGCUUGGUAAGAAAUCUGAAACAGAAAGCGCGAGCCCCUCCACUUCUAAUGUGGCCAGACCCUGGUUAGGCCUGAGGCAAUGCUCGGAGGUGCUACUUAAACCGUGAAGAUCUCGAGAUCCAGUGACUAUGUUCUUUGCUGGUUGCCGGGGGCUGGUUGUUAGUUCCUUCUGAGACUAGCGUUUAUCUCUUUUAGCUCUAGUUGCUUUAGUGGCUUGAGUUUCACAAAUUCUGCCCUUUUUGAGGCUCUAUUAUUUGAAUUUGCUGGGGCAGCGUGUGUGCUGUUUAUCCCCUCGCGUGCUUGUAACGAAUAUAUUGGUGGUUCUGGGUUUCAUUUGGUAAUACAAAUGGAGCCGGGCCGAAAAGCCCUUUCCCUCUAAAAAAAAUAGUUGGGAUUCGCGUCUCCUUUGGCAUCGACGUCGCAAACCACGAGCUUCAGUUCCGUGCUAAUGCUACAAAAGCUGACGCCACCAUUCCAAUUUCAGGAGCACUCCAAAGCAGCAUCAAGAAAAUGGCCUCGACAGAGCGAGAGCACGGCGAGAAGCUGCGGAUCCUGAUCGUGCCCUUCUUCGCCACCAGCCACAUCGGCCCCCACACCGACCUCGCCGUCCGCCUGGCCGCGGCCAGGCCGGGCACCGUUGAGCCUAGGGUGGCGGUCACCCCGGCCAACGUCCCGGUCGUUCGGUCGGCUCUCGACCGGCACGGCCACUCCAUGGCGAGUCGAGCCGUCCGGAUAGCCACCUACCCUUUCCCGGAGGUGGGCGGCCUCAAGCCGGGCGUCGAGAACCUCUCCACCGCCGGGGCCGACGCGUGGCGCAUCGAGGCCGCGGCCAUCGACGAGGCGCUGACGCGGCCCGCGCAGGAGGCGCUCGUCAGGGAGCUCUCCCCUGACGCCGUCUUCACCGACGUCCACUUCUUCUGGAACUCCAUCAUCGCCGGCGAGCUCGGCCUGCCGUGCAUUACGUUCAGUGUCAUCGGACCCUUCUCGAACCUUGUGAUGCACCACCUCGGCGGUACAGUUACAGUCGACGGCGACUCUGGUUGCCAGGAGGUGGCUGUGCCAAGUUUUCCAGGCCCAGAAAUACGGAUCCCGAGGGCCGAACUGCCGGAGUUCUUGAGGUACCAGGAGAAAGACGACGGAUUCAGCAGCCCGAUCAUGGCGGGGCAAGCCAGGUGCUUCGGCGUAGUCGUCAACACGUUCAUGGACCUGGAGAGCGAGUACUGCGAGCUGUACGCGCGCCUCGGCCACGUCAAGCGCGCCUACUUCGUCGGGCCAGUGUCGCUGCCGUUGCCACCGGCCGGGGCAAGCGCCGGCGAGUCACCAUGCAUCCGUUGGCUAGGCUCGAUGCCAAGAUGCUCGGUGGUGUACGUAUGCUUCGGCACCUACGCCUCCAUCUCUGGAGAUCAGCUCCGGGAGCUGGCUCUUGGACUGGAAGCCUCCGGCAAGCCGUUCCUGUGGGUGCUGAGGGCCGAGGGGUGGGCACCGCCGGCAGGGUGGGAGGAGCGUGUCGGGAAGAGGGGGGUGCUCGUCAGAGGAUGGGCCCCGCAGACUGCAAUCCUGGCUCAUCCGGCCGUGGGGGCGUUCCUGACGCACUGCGGCUCGAGCUCGCUGCUUGAGGCGGCGGCGGCCGGCGUGCCGAUGCUGACGUGGCCGCUGGUGUUCGACCAGUUCAUCGAGGAGAGGCUGGUCACGGACGUUCUGAAGAUCGGCGAGAAGGUGUGGAGCGGGGCGCGGAGCACGAAGGAGGAAGAGAAGGAGACCGUGCCGGCGGCGGCGGUGGCGCAGGCUGUGGCGAGAUUCUUGGAGCCCGGUGGGACGGGGGAGGCGGCGAGGGGCCGAGCGCUGGAGCUCGCCGUGAAGGCUCGCGCGGCCGUGUUGGACGGCGGGUCGUCGUCCUGUGAUCUGCGCAGGCUUAUCGACGAUCUGAUGGGGACAAGGGAGGCCGUCGCCGGCGGCGACACUAGUACGUCGCGCUCUGCUGAGAUCUAGCGUCAUCGUGGCAUUUCCCUGUGACCCCGUGCUUCAAUCCGUUUCUAAAUCCUGUAACACCGACCGCUUAAUCUGUUCUGUAUUUCCAUUUCCCUGCUA